AUGGUUCAUAUGGUCUCAGUAGAUGUUCAGGUUCAGCUACCGAAGCUCGGUUUAAUUCAGCUGUUGAGGAAUGCUGAAGACAAUCAGUAUCCAGCUGGAACGCCGCCGUCACUGGAGUUCGUCAUCACGUCGAAAGACCUCACCGCCACCGGAGCAUCAGCAACACUGCUGGUGUUCAACAAUGAGAAGGGUUUCACGUCGAAAGACCUCACCGCCACCGGAGCAUCAGCAACACUGCUGGUGUUCAACAAUGAGAAGGGUUUCACGCCGGCCAACAUCGAAUCCAUCUGCAGGGUCGGCAAGUCCACCAAGAAAGGCUGCCGCAAUCGUGGUUACAUCGGGGAGAAAGGCAUUGGUUUCAAAAGUGUGUUUCUGGUAUCCAGUCAGCCUCACGUCUUUAGUAAUGGAUAUCAGAUACGCUUCAACGAAGAACCAUGCCCAGAGUGCAACAUUGGGUACAUCGUCCCUGAAUGGGUUGAGGAUAAUCUGAUGCUCUCGAACAUAAAACAAGUAUAUGGUCCUUCCACGAAACUUCCCACGACGACAAUAAUCUUGCCGUUAAAAGAUGGAAAGGUUGCGGCAGUGAAGCAACAGCUGUCGAAAAUGCACCCUGAAAUCCUAUUGUUCCUUUCAAAAAUUAAACAGCUUGCCGUCAGGGAAGAAAAUGAUGAUCCAAGGCUUAACACGGUGAGCCAACCAUCUCAGGUGAGACGGAUGUUGAGAUGAGAAAGAACGUAGAUGCAGAAUCAUACACUCGCCAUCUUGCUGCCCAAGAAAACGGCAAACAGGAAGAGGAAGAGUGCAGCUACUACAUGUGGAAGCAAAAAUUCCCCGUGAAAUCUG